UCGAGGGCGCAGCAACGAAAACCGUUCACAUAUAACCGAAAUCAAAACAAUUUUUUCUGCAAUCAACAAGCAAAGAAAGGAAAGUUAUUAGAUUUCAAUUCAAACAUUUCACUGGAAAGGAAGAAAUCUUAAAGCGGAAACUUCUCAGUUUCCGACCUCCUUGGAGACAUACCAAGAUACUGUUGCUUGUCGUCGAAACCGCUGAUCUGAGAAAUCCUAGUUUUUCCUCCUAAUUUUUUGUGUGUUUCCUUUCGGGUCAAUUCGCUUUGUGUUUGAUUUCUGCUCGGGAUUUUCCUUCUUGAAAUCUGGAAAGCAAAGUGGUGCGUUAUUGUUUAAGGAGAAGUGGAGUUCGCUGGGCCGUAAUUCUGUGAAUUUGGCGUUGCAUCGCUGCUGAGUUGGAGUCGAUUGUGUACAAUCCUUGGAAGUUGUUAUGAGGUCAACUUGAUUACGUGAAAAAAGGAUUGACCUACUCUGGUGGGAUCGUAUUGCGGCACUGAAAUUUAAUUUGAAUAAUUGAAAUUACGAAUCAUCGUAAGCCGAGAAACAUAAUAAAAAAUUUAUAACGUGCACAGUGCGGAUUGGAAAGGCAUGGAAAACGAAGGAUGGCGAAGUGUAUAGUUUUUAUUGUAGUCGGUCGAUAGUGGGUUAGCAGAGUAAUAAAGUGCUGCCGUGUGCAUUGUGAAUAAUCGACAGUGGAGUGUCUCGUCCUGCAAGGAAUAUCGCUGCAACGAGUCAUAGUGCAGGUCUGAACGGUGUGACGAAGGUCUGCAUGCCGCAAGGAUAAACAGAAACCUGUUCGUCAAAGAUAUGAUAAAAAGACCCUGGAAAUUGGAAUACUAUCCAUAGAAUCCACUUUUUAUAAAGUGAACCAACUUAACAUCAACAGUAUAAAUCCUUAAUUAAAUAUCACCGAAAGUUGUGAAAAUAUAUCAAAAAUGAAAAGAUUAAAAAAAUUGAAAAUGCUUUAUUUACAGCCAAUCUUGUGAUUAUAUUCACACGCACCAUAUUGUAGCGGAAUAUUAUUUUAAUUUAUCGCUUAGACGGGAAAGUAUUGGAAUAAUAAAAUAUCUAAAUAGAAAAUAUUUCCGAGGUAGAAACCAACAUUCAAUAAUUAUUCAAUUAAUAGAGUUAAUUAAAUUCGCUGUAAUGACGGAAAUUAAUACAAACAAAUUAACUAGUUAAAAAUCUAAAAUUAUUUUUUAAGUAAAAUAUCAUUGUUAUAAAUAAAUCAAAAUGUUAUAAUAGUAUGUAUUACAAUUCUGUUGGUUAUUUAAAAAGUUUUUAACGAAUUAAUUGUUAUCUGAAUAUAAAUUUUCAUUUGUAGAGAUUAUUAAGCUUAUUCAAAGCCAAGCUUUAGUUGAAAGUAUUAUCUAAAUGCUUAGAAUAAAAUCUAAUAAAUUAUAAUUAAUAGAAACCGCGGCCGUACGUUAUAACGAAUUUCUUAGCACUUAAUAAAUUCUUAAUAAAAUGAUUUCGAUUAUGCGUGAUAUAUUUAAUUUAAAAUCUACACGAGAAAUUAUUUAACACCUAACAUUUGGUUAGAAAACAUAAACAAAAUUAAUCACGAUAAUAAAGAAGUUCUAUAAAUAAAUAAAAAAAAUCCGCUUUGCUUAAUAUUUAUAACACAGAAGAGUCCCAAAUUAAAAAUGCCUGGUGGACGAAGGGGACUUGUUGCACCACAAAACACAUUUCUGGAGAAUAUCAUCAGACGCUCGAAUUCACAACCGGAUAGUUCCUUUCUAUUGGCAAAUGCUCAAAUUGUCGACUUUCCUAUUGUUUAUUGCAAUGAGUCCUUUUGCAAAAUUAGCGGAUACAACCGAGCUGAAGUCAUGCAGAAGUCGUGUAGAUGCGGCUUCAUGUAUGGCGAGCUCACCGACAAAGAGACCGUAUCCCGGUUGGAAUAUGCACUGGAAAAUCAGCAACAAGAUCAAUUCGAAAUACUUUUAUACAAAAAGAACAUCACAGAUACUGAAACACCGCUAUGGCUUUUAUUGCAAGUUGCCCCCAUCCGAAACGAACGCGACUUAGUGGUAUUAUUUCUAUUAACAUUUCGAGAUAUAACGGCCUUAAAACAGCCUAUCGAUAGCGAGGAUACAAAAGGAGUUCUAGGUCUUUCAAAAUUCGCGAAAUUGGCUCGAUCCGUAACACGAAGUCGUCAAUUUAGUGCACAUCUUCCAACGCUUAAGGAUCCAACAAAACAAUCAAAUCUGGCACAUAUGAUGUCACUAAGUGCUGAUAUUAUGCCACAAUAUAGACAGGAAGCACCAAAGACACCACCUCAUAUACUUUUACACUAUUGUGCAUUUAAAGCAAUUUGGGAUUGGGUGAUAUUGUGUUUAACGUUUUAUACUGCUAUCAUGGUGCCGUAUAAUGUAGCCUUCAAGAACAAAACCUCGGAAGAUGUUUCAUUGUUAGUAGUUGACUCUAUUGUAGAUGUUAUAUUUUUCAUAGAUAUUGUUUUAAAUUUUCACACAACAUUCGUUGGACCGGGUGGAGAGGUUGUUAGCGACCCCAAAGUGAUACGAAUGAACUAUCUGAAAUCUUGGUUUAUCAUUGAUUUGCUCAGCUGUCUGCCUUACGAUGUAUUCAAUGCCUUCGAUCACGAUGAAGACGGGAUCGGUUCCCUUUUUAGUGCACUCAAAGUAGUGCGUCUCCUGCGAUUAGGACGUGUUGUACGAAAAUUAGAUCGCUACUUAGAAUAUGGUGCUGCCAUGUUAAUUCUAUUGUUAUGUUUUUAUAUGCUAGUAGCACAUUGGCUGGCGUGUAUAUGGUACUCAAUAGGGAGAAGUGAUGCCGAUAACGGGGUUCAGUACAGUUGGCUCUGGAAGCUGGCAAACGUCACCCAAAGUCCUUAUUCGUACAUAUGGUCGAACGAGUCGAAUGGUCCAGAACUGAUCAACGGUCCGUCCCGCAAGACGAUGUAUGUAACCGCUUUGUACUUUACAAUGACAUGCAUGACUUCGGUUGGAUUCGGAAAUGUUGCAGCCGAGACGGACAAUGAGAAGGUGUUCACCAUCUGCAUGAUGAUAAUUGCAGCCUUGCUUUAUGCCACAAUCUUUGGUCAUGUAACAACAAUUAUACAACAAAUGACUUCGGCUACGGCUAAAUAUCAUGACAUGCUCAACAAUGUUCGGGAGUUUAUGAAACUUCAUGAAGUUCCUAAGGCAUUGAGUGAAAGAGUAAUGGAUUAUGUGGUAUCCACGUGGGCUAUGACGAAAGGGUUGGACACCGAAAAGGUACUGAAUUAUUGUCCGAAAGAUAUGAAAGCGGACAUUUGUGUUCAUUUGAAUCGGAAAGUAUUCAAUGAACAUCCUGCAUUUCGGUUGGCAUCAGACGGAUGCCUAAGAGCCUUAGCUAUGCAUUUUAUGAUGUCACAUUCGGCACCAGGCGAUUUACUUUAUCACACUGGUGAAAGUAUAGAUAGUUUAUGUUUUAUAGUGACGGGAAGUUUGGAAGUGAUACAAGACGACGAGGUUGUGGCAAUUUUGGGCAAAGGUGACGUAUUUGGCGAUCAAUUUUGGAAGGAUUCCGCCGUUGGACAGAGUGCCGCCAAUGUUCGGGCGCUUACCUAUUGUGAUUUGCACGCUAUUAAACGAGAUAAACUUUUAGAAGUUCUCGAUUUUUAUUCGGCCUUUGCAAAUAGUUUUGCACGUAAUCUAGUUUUAACAUAUAAUCUAAGACAUCGACUCAUAUUUCGAAAGGUUGCCGAUGUUAAACGUGAAAAGGAGCUGGCAGAACGACGUAAGAAUGAACCGCAGCUGCCCCAAAAUCAGGAUCAUUUGGUUCGAAAAAUAUUCUCAAAGUUCCGAAGGACACCUCAGUUGCAAGCUGGUUCGAAGGAAGCGCAGUCAGGACAAAGUGAUAUGGAGAAGGGAGAGAUCGAAGCGGAUCGUACGAAGAAGUUGCCUGCUAAAUUAACAUUAACCGAGGACUCCAGAGUUACAGCAGCCACUGUUCCUUCACCGUCCCCUUCACCAAGUCCAUCAUCAGGCCCUCCAUCUGCGCGUAGUACUCGUGCUAGUAAAUGGGGUCGCUUACUAGGUAGUUCAAGUGUCGAUUCGGCUAGUGAUAGUAAUACCAAAGUUGCAGUUUCACGAAGCCUGAGCGCUCGAGAGAGUCUUCGCGAAAGUGCUGCUGCGCAGGGACGUCAAAGUAGUAGUUCAAGUAGUAACGGUGGCCAAGGGAAUAAAGUUUUUCCAAAGGCCCCAAAGCUAACUCCAGGUCCAGCUACCCUAGCACGACAAGACACUAUAGAUGAGGGUGGAGAAGUAGAUACGUCGCCACCCUCACGAGGCACUACUUUGCAUAUAGAGCGUGAUCGUGAAAGUGCAAAGGAACGAAUAGAAAGAAAUCUUGCAAUAGAGCGUGAAAGACAAAUAGAGUUAGCUAGUCUUCGAGCAACUACAUCGGACACAUAUGAUACAGGACUCCGCGAGCAGCCUCCAACGCUUGCUCAAAGGGACCUGAUUGCUAGUGUCUUAGAUCUAAAAGUUGAUGUCCGGCUGGAAAUGCAACGAAUGUCACAACGAAUCGGACGAAUUGAGGAUCUCCUUGGCGACCUAGUAAAACGACUAGCGCAAGAUUCGUCUGGUCAAACCACCCCCGGUGAUGGUGGUGAUACCAUUCCUACCAUUCCAACUCAAACAUCAACUGGCAUUGUUACAGACCCAGUCAUCACGAUAUCCUCCUCAAUGGGUACUCCAUCAGGACAACCGCCGCAUCCGCCAUCCGCUAACAAUCCAUCAGCUCCGCCUACAUCUAGUCAAUUAAACGUAUUAGGAUCUAUGUCGAGUUCGGGGGGCAACGGCUUGGGGCCGAUAUUGCUCAAGAAGCGACGUUCUAAGAGCAGGAAGGCACCGGCGCCCCCAAAACAGACACAAACCAGUCCAGAACAGGUGCGACUUUUGGAGGCGGAGCUGAUCGUAUCACAACAAGCGGGCAGCACUAUGCCUAUUACAACAAGUAGCAGUACAGUGCCUACAGACGGAACACAAUCACCUCCAAGAGCAUCGUCAACGGCAGGGUGCAGUAGUGGUACAAGUGGUACAAGUGGUACCAGUGCUGGUGGUGGUGGCGGCAUUGGUGGUGGUAAUGGUCGACCAAAGCGAGAAUUUCUCUAGCCAAGGAUUUUAUUACGCCAUCAGUCCGAUAAUAGUAGUUUUGAGCAAUAAUAUGUGUAUAAAAAUAAAUAAAUUUAGUAUAAAAUGAAAUCUGCAAAUAAUGGUUUUGGUGGCGUCGCGAAGAAAAUAAAACGAUAAAACAUGAAUGAUUAUAAAAAAUAACAAAAAACAACAUAGUCUCUUUUUGUGAUAUAAUAAAUAUUUAUAAUUUACAAAUUGUUGUACAAAAGUAA